AAACUUAUCGCAACACUUGGUGUCGAGCAAUUAUUAUAAAUGUUGAAGGUAAACUCGGCGACGGAGGGAGCAUGCGAGUUCUCCCCGACGGUGCGUCGACGCAAACGUACGUCAUCUCCGCCGCAGACAUACUCACCGCUGCAACACUCGCCAUUGCAACACUCGCCACUGCAACACUCGCCAUUACAACACUCGCCGAAAAAUCGCUCGUCGCAACACUACUCGCCGCGACUCACACAACGACGACACAGCACCAGCGGACGCGUCCUUAAAGUGGUGGUGGCCAAGAUGCGGCUGGAGGGGUCGAGCGAGGCCGGGGCCGGGGCCGGCGGUGGAGGGGGCGGGGAGGGGGGCGCAGGCGACGGGGGCGGGGAGGGGGGCGCGGGCCUCAAGCGCGUGUCCCGCGGCACGCCGCCGCCCGGCAGGAGCAAACACAUGAGGUUCGACGCGCCCAGCCCCAACGGGACCACCGACGCGGGCGUCAUAGUCUCGUGAGUAGUCUAGAUAAUGACCAUUAUUGUGACUUAGAUGUGUUCCUGCUACACUUUGAAAAAGCGUAAUCGACUACUUGACUGUUGGUAAAAAUAUUUUAAAACUUUUAUUUAAUAAAGAAAUCCCACGAAAACAAUCAGUUAGGUGUCAAUCCGAGCCGGGACGUCUCUUUGCAAUAAACACGAGUACUGGUUGCACUCACGGCGAAGACGUUUAUGGUUUAGUUUAUUAAAAUGUGACGUCACCCGAUGCUCCGUUAUGGCCGCCUGCAUUUCGGUUCUUUAAAUCCACUGCUUGUCAAUAGCAACUUAAUUUUACAAAAAGUAAAUACGUCUACAAUUUAUUUUCAAUUAAAAAAUACUACAUAGAAGUUACCAUUUCCAAGAUAUUACGUAAUUUAUUGCUAUAACUGUCAAGCAGCCAAGGAAGUUUAAUAAAAUGUAACGUCACGCCUCGUAAUUUAAUAUAACUGAUUAUUCCCACGAGACAUUUUAAUAUCAGGUUACGUUAUUAUCAAGAGUAAUUAUCUGUAGUUACUUUCAACGAUUUUUAAAAUACAGAAAGGCAUUUAUAAUUUAGUAAACUUGAUUUUUGUUGUUUUCAAUUAUAAAACAUAAACAAAAUAAUAUGUACCUGUAAAAUGACAUUGAAUAAAAAGUGAAAUAAAAACAUAAUAAAAGGGGGCUUUUAAAAAUAUUUUUGUUUUUGUAGGUCCAUCAGACAUUUUGUCUCUAUCAGAAAAAAAAAACAUGUUGUUUAAAAAUAAUUAUAUAUAUUAUCAAGAUAAUUAUCAUUCCGAGCUCUGUUUAAUAUGAUCAUAAUGAAACUUUUCCCAAAACAGCCAAAUAUACAAUUAACGCAGGCGAAUUCGCGGGAAAACAACUGGUAUUUAAUAAUUGACAGCUUCAAGCAAAUGCACGAGCAUAUACCGGCUUGUUUUUAAUAUUUGUUUUUUUAUAUAACUACACGUGAGUUGCGUUCGGUCUUUUUUCAACGACAGAAAAGGAAAAAGGUUCUGAAUGAAUGAAAAGUUCUUUAUUGUACACCGAUGGACAAAAAACAUAAAAUACAAUAAAUGUGAACGCACAAUUGAGGACCUUAUUAC